CUCACACACGCACACACAGACGUGUGUGUGUGGAGGUUUCUUUGAACGAUUUCUACAGGUUCCCUGUAUUCUCGGUUCUUUCCACCCCACCCACUUGAAUCCCUUUGUCAUCAUCCAACCCUCUUUCCGCCAUUAACAAAAAAGCUCCACAAUUUUGACCUUGGGUCAAGUUAUCGGACAACUUUCAAAGAUUCUUCAAAUAUUCUUUAUACUGUAUGCGUUUUCAUCUCUCGAACCUAAUUCCAUAUAUAUACAUAGGAAAUAUUUGUAUCUAUAUGCGUAGAUCUGUUUCCUUCUACCAGAAUUAGACUAUGUGUUGGAGAAAUUGAGGGUUUGAUUCUUCAUGGCGUCAUCUGCGAUUAAGCAUUCGGAGGAUCAUCAUCUUCGUCGUCGACCUGUGGCAACGGACUUAAUGGCGGGAUGUUGUAAUCCUGUCAAGGAGCAAGGGCCGGUGACGUUGGACCAUGUGUUAUUGGCGUUGAGAGAGACAAAAGAUGAGAGAGAAUCUCGAUUUCGUGGUUUGUUCAAUUUUUUUGAUACAUCAAACGCGGGGUACUUGGAUUCUGUUCAGAUCGAGGUAGGGCUAUCGGCGUUGCAAAUUCCGGCGGAUUAUAAGUACGCCAAAGACUUGCUUAGGGUUUGCGAUGCAAAUAGGGAUGGAAGAGUUGAUUAUCAGGAGUUCAGGAGGUAUAUGGAUGACAAGGAACUUGAGCUUUAUCGGAUUUUUCAAGCCAUUGAUGUUGAACAUAAUGGUUGCAUUUUACCGGAAGAGCUCUAUGAUGCUCUGGUUAAGGCUGGGAUAGACAUAGAUGAUGACGAACUAGCUAGCUUUGUGGAGCGUGUUGACAAGGAUAACAAUGGCAUCAUAACUUUUGAAGAAUGGAGAGACUUUCUUCUUCUCUAUCCUCACGAGGCAACGAUUGAGAACAUCUACCAAUAUUGGGAGAGGGUUUAUCUUGUAGAUAUCGGAGAGCAGGCUAUAAUUCCUGCAGGCAUCAGUAAGCAUGUUCAUGCUAGCAAGUAUUUGAUCGCAGGUGGGGUUGCUGGAGCUGCUUCUCGUACAACAACUGCUCCUCUUGAUCGUCUUAAAGUUGUACUGCAAGUUCAGACCUCUAAUGCCUCGAUUGCGUCCGCAGUUAAGAACAUAUGGAAGGAAGGUGGCAUUUUAUCUUUCUUCAGAGGUAACGGGCUAAAUGUUAUUAAGGUUGCCCCUGAAAGUGCCAUCAAGUUUUACACUUACGAAAUGUUGAAGAAUUUCAUUGGCGGGGAUGGAAAGGAUGAUAUUGGAACUUCCGGGCGUCUUCUUGCUGGUGGUAUGGCUGGUGCGGUUGCACAAACAGCUAUUUAUCCUAUGGAUCUAGUCAAGACUCGUCUGCAAACGUUUGUUUCUGGAAAUGGGAAAGUUCCUAGCUUGGGAAAACUUUCCAAGGAUAUAUGGGUUCAGGAGGGACCUCGAGCUUUUUAUAGGGGGAUAGUACCUUCUCUUUUUGGAAUUAUUCCGUAUGCUGGAAUUGAUUUGGCUGCAUAUGAGACUUUGAAGGAGAUGUCAAGAUCAUACAUUAUUCAGGACAGUGAACCUGGUCCGUUGGUGCAAUUGGGUUGUGGGACGGUUUCGGGGGCUGUUGGAGCCACUUGCGUAUACCCGUUGCAAGUUGUGAGGACAAGGAUGCAAGCACAACAGCCAGGUGGAUCAAGUGCUUACAAAGGGAUGUUUGAUGUGUUCAUGAGAACAUAUCAGAAAGAAGGUGUAAGAGGUUUCUACAAAGGACUUGUACCAAAUCUUCUGAAAGUUGUACCAGCAGCUAGCAUUACAUAUUUGGUUUAUGAGACCAUGAAAAAUACUUUGGAUCUUGAAUGAUCGGAUGCUGACGAAAAUGACGAUAAGAAUAAUAAAGAUGAGGUACUGCCCAUUAAUUGUUUGAGUUUACAUUGAUAGGAGGAGUUAAUUUCCCGUGUUUUUACGGGGUUUUUGUA